AUGACCGCAUAUGUCAAACAGGACAUCAUCUGUGAUAGCUGUGCCAAAUAUCCCAUUCUCAGGAAGAUUCUGAUGUUGGAGAUGACUGCAGACUGCUUCAACUAUACCAUGUGCAAGACCCACUUUGUGCUUGACAGAACGGUCAAACAGGACAUCAUCUGUGAUAGCUGUGCCAAAUAUCCCAUUCUCAGGAAGAUUCUGAUGUUGGAGAUGACUGCAGACUGCUUCAACUAUACCAUGUGCAAGACCCACUUUGUGCUUGACAGAACGGCACGUCUGAAUACGAAGGCUCUACGUCUGGCGACCGGCAAGAGGAUAGCCCGCCCUAACAUACCCCCGGAGGAGAUAGGCGUUGACGGGGCGUACGAGUCAGACAUGAAGCUCACACCAGAACAGAUGAUGAUGCUUGGCAAUGAUGAUCGGCCAGGGGGCUCCCGCUUCAGGAGGAAGGCCGUAGCACAGGACCAGUACCUCUGGCCUAACAAUGUCGUCGUAUACGAGUUCGACUCUGAUCUACCAUCCAGCUAUCGUGACAACAUCCAUCGGGCCAUACAGCACUGGGAAGAUCUGACCUGUAUCAGGUUCAAGGAGUACUCCACAGCUCUGCAUGAUGACAGUCGUGUCAAGUUCUACCAGGGACCUGGAUGCCAGUCGGCCAUAGGACGGAUUGUUGGUGGUCAAGAAACAUCCAUCGGCACAAGAUGUAACACUGUAAGUCUGUUUGCCUUCAUUACAUACAUUUCCUGUGUGGAUACCUUCAAACCAUGA